GACCUCCUCUCUCGCCAUAUUUUCAAUCCUGUGAAGCCCUCAGCCCCGUUUGCUGCUAAAUUAAGAAGGAGAAGCCUUCACACAAGACAGCAUUAAGUUUGAAACGAUCUACUUCAAAGGAUAAAAGCGACAUCUGCCUUAGUUUGUGUCCGUUCAUUCAUUCUGCAACAAUGAACGUCUUCAGACUGACAGGGGACCUCUCUCAUUUGGCUGCUAUCAUCAUCCUGCUACUUAAAAUAUGGAAAAGCAGGUCAUGUGCAGGUAUUUCUGGAAAAAGCCAAAUCCUGUUUGCUAUAGUGUUCACCACACGCUACUUGGAUCUGCUCACUUCUUUCAUCUCCCUCUAUAACACAAGCAUGAAGUUGAUCUACGUCGGUUGUGCGUAUGCCACAGUCUACCUGAUCUACGUGAAGUUCAGGGCCACCUACGACGGCAACCAUGACAGUUUCAGAGUGGAGUUCCUUAUUGUUCCCGUCGGGGGUCUUGCUGUGCUCAUCAACCACAGCUUCGCUCCCCUUGAGAUCCUGUGGACGUUCUCCAUCUACCUGGAGUCUGUGGCAAUCCUGCCUCAGCUCUUCAUGAUCAGCAAGACUGGCGAGGCAGAGACUAUCACCACCCACUACCUGUUCUGCCUGGGCCUGUAUCGGGCCCUCUAUCUCUUCAACUGGGUCUGGCGUUUCUACUUUGAAGGCUUCUUUGACAUGAUUGCCAUUGUAGCCGGUUUGGUCCAGACUGUCCUCUACUGUGACUUCUUCUACCUUUAUGUCACCAAAGUAUUGAAAGGCAAGAAGCUGAGCCUGCCGGCAUAAAUCGUACAGAAGGAGACGGAGACUCCCAGCAGACUCAGGGGGGUGUGGAGAUGACGUCGUUUAUUCUCGUGACCUACAGCAAAAGAUGCCUGAGACAGAGAGCCAACUAUUUGGGGGGAAAACACUAGUCUUCUUGAUGAUUGCUGAUAUGGUAAAUGCCAACAAACAGCAGAGCUGAACAAAAAUCCAUAAACGUUUGGAUUUCUGUGUUCAGCAUCUUGCCUUAAACUUCUUUUCAUUGCUGUUCAAAUAGGAGAAAAGGCUUUUUUUUUCUACAUGUGAGGUGUAUACGCUUGUUUUUUAAUUUUUUUAUAAUGUCACAAAUAGGGUCGACUUUGAGAAGUACCUUGUUUGACUUGGUAAUGAAAUGCACAAAUGUACAGUCUUGUUAAAGAGUGAGAUAAAGAGGUAAUGUAUCUGAGUGCCUGAUGAAGAUUAUAUCCACUUUCUCACCUUUUUUUACUUUUGGUUUUCUUUUGUCUGCAUAUACUGUAAUACAUGUACCUUCUUAUGGAAAUAUUUAAGAUGCCAACAGCAAAAGCUUCACGCCAACAAAAACAUGCAUUUUGUAAAAACAUUGCUCUCUAAAAUUGCUCGAAACAACAUUUUAACUAUAGUCUAUAAACCUGAAACUUUUUGUAAGCAGAAGACUGUAUUUGUAGUAUCAUCUUAGGUUUAAGAAGUAACCAACGAAAUAAAUUACUUUAGUGCCAGCAAUCUUUGGGACAUAGAUGUCAGUAUUUUCAAAUGGAAUUAAACCUUUCAUGUGUUUAUUGAUCUUCUUGCUUUUUUGAAAAAAAAAAAAAUAAAAAUGCAUCAAUUUUUCUACAGCUUUAAUAUAUAUGUACACAAUCUUUAAACUAUGCUACAUCACAUUCAUCACACAUGGAUGUAGAUGGAGCACAAACCUUGUUUCUGAUAGCAUUGCACCCAAAUAACAAACGCAACUCUUGAACACCUUCUUUGAAAUCAAUGAAGUCCAGAGUAAAGCAAUAAGGGAUGAUGAUAUUAGACUGAGAAUCCUUCAGCUCUUUGACUGGUUAUGACAUUUCAAUUAACUGUAUGUCUGGAGUGUGAACAAUUAAACAGAUGUUGCUCUGUAAUUGAGUGGACGGGAGGGUCACUGUGUCCAUUGGGUACAUUUCUAUUACAUUUAAAGGCCUCUUGUUAACAUCAACUUUCUCAAAUUAGUCAUUCCCAACUUUUUAUGUUUUUUAUUUUUUGCAUGAUAUCACCUCCAUUAAAGAUUUUAUGAGAAUCUC